AUGUCAUUGAUAACUAUAGACAGGUCGCUCAUAGCAUCAGAAAAUGACUGUGAGGAAAUUACUGACGGAGAUAAAAAUGAGUCAUCCUCUAGGAGCAGUCAAAGCGAAGACUUCCUGAUGUGCAAGGGAACGGCUGUUGGUCUAAAUAUUCACUCAAGAAGAAGGUCAAGCUGUAUCAAAGCCAAUGAUGAAAUUCAGGACCACUUAAAAAGAAUAAUUGCUCUGCUUAGGUUCGGUGAUUACAUUCAACUGAUUGUGAAGCUUCAGAGUACCAACCCUAAACCCCAUCAACACAGAUAUUGUUGUAUAAUAUCUACCUUUGGAAAGCAGGAAACUGAGGAGUCAUCUAUCUUGGGAGUGGACAUUACUGACGGGCGAGCUACUGUCGGAUUAGUUCUGUCCAUAUGGCAAGACAUGUCAAUAAACCUAUGUGGAGACGGGGGAUUCGAAUUAAUUACCAAAGAUACUGUCAAACAAUUCAAACCCGUUUCUGUACAGGCUUUGUGGGCUGCAUUUCAAGCUGUGAAUAAAGCAUGUCAAGUGGCUCGUGCUAAUGCUUAUUUCUGUCGUGGCUUUACUCAUGACUGGGUCAAUUAUUAUCAUAGUUUACCAGCGUCAUCUACUCAACAGAUACAAGAAUGGCUUAAAACAGAUGAUAUUGAUGGAUUUAUUCAAUCGUUAUCGCAUUCUUCCCUUUUUGAUAAUGCAACUGAUGAAGAAAAAGAAUGUGCUAGAAUGGAAGCAUUGAUUCGUGUUAAACUACAAGAGAUUAUGUAUUCUGUUGACCUAGAAGAAGUAACUGUUCUUCAAUUGCGUGAACGCUUAGAAGAAGAAUUGAAACAACCAUUACGUGCAUAUCGUCAUUUUAUUGAAAAACAAAUUUUAACUAUAUAUGGACAAAUGGAUGAAGCCAGUGUAAUAUUUGAUCAUGUUCUAUUGGGUACAACAUUUAAUGCAUCAAAUCGUGAUGAACUAGAACGGAGAAAUGUUACACACAUCUUGAAUGUUACUCGUGAAAUUGACAAUUUCUUUCCCGGAGAUAAAUUUGAAUAUAAAAAUAUUCGUGUAUAUGAUGAUGAACAGUCAUCAUUGUUACCCUAUUGGGAAGAGACACAUCGAUUUAUUAAUGAAGCAAAGGUUCUAGGUACACGAUGUCUUGUUCAUUGUAAAAUGGGAAUUAGUCGUUCAGCGUCAACGGUAAUCGCAUACGCUAUGAAGGAACAUAAUUGGGAUUUAGAGACUGCUCUAUCUUAUGUUAAAUGUCGGCGUCCAUGUGUACAGCCAAAUCCUGGUUUCAUGAGAGAAUUGUAUACAUAUCAAGGAAUUCUUGAAGCAAGUUCUAACCGACACAAACCAAUUUUUCACAAUGAUCAAAAUAAACCAAAUAAAAUGUCAUCACCCCUGGGGAGCACAUCAACAAACAGUACGAAUAUUAGUCAACAGAACAGUAAUGUGACCAGUAUCUUGUCAAAUAAUCCUGGCGAUAAUCAUCAAAAUCACCGUAAUGAUGACGUAAUUGAAAAUUCUCCAACCCAUGAAGAAUUUGAACAAAGUGGAAAUACUGCUAGUACAGCUAUAGACGGGAAUGUACCAGUAAAUGCUUCAUCAUCACUACCUCCAUUAUCACCAUCAGCCACUGGUAAUGAUAGUUCAUCCAAUAGCACAGUCAAAAAUGAAGUAACUCGUAAUGGAGCGGUUGAUUUAGAAAAAGAAUUAUUUGCAUUCAAGCGUCUAAGUAUUCCAUCGAUUACAGUUACUAAUACUAUGACUACUGCUACUACUAGUAGUAAUAACAUCCCGUUUUGUAAUUCUUUGAAUACGAUGCCAAAUGGUGAACAAGAGCAACAGAAUCACAUGUCAAUGACAUUAUCAGCCUGCUGUGAUACCGCUAUAUCCUCAUCAACAUCAAUGAAUAGACCAGUUAUCUUGUGGGAUUUUGAUGAUAAUGAGAAAGGUAUUUCUAAUAGUACAAUUGUUGCAAAAAAUUCUCAUUGUCUACGUCACUGGCAUCCAGAUGUUUUUGAAAAUAUUGACUGUUUUGAUAGACAACGGUUAUUUUUCAAUUUUAAUUCUAAUUAUUCUAAUUCACACAAAAAUGCAUCUUUGUCAGUAUCACCCAACUCUUGUUCUUGUUCUUCUUCUAUCACUCCAACUUCACCAUCUCAAUUACUACAAAUUAAUCAGUUAAAUUAUGCUAACCUUUUGUCAACUACACCAAUCGCUUGGGAUUACGCGAAUGAAUUAAGAGCUACACCUCCUCUAGAACAAAAUGCAAAGUCGUCUAUAAUCCCUUGUAAACCGAUGAAUAUUCCAUUAGUAACCUGUUUCCCAAUUUCACAGGGAACAGUCUUAUCUGAAGAAGAAACAAUAGAUGAGUCGGGACUAGAACAAGAACUGGAUAAUAGUAGCAAUAACAAAAACAAUGACAAUGUGGAAGAAAUCUCGAAAAACAUCGUCCCUAAACGACUAUCUCAUGUUUUGCGUAUGGUAUCUAAAUUAUCUGAUUUGAACUUAUUCUCUGCAUCUUUGAAUCAAAACGCGAAGGAAAAAAUCUCAGCACCAUGUGAGUCAUCAUGUAUCCCGCCAAUAAAAUGGGAAAGAAGUAAAUCUGUAAAUGCUUUCAACACAUGUACUACUAAUACUUCUGGUAGUAACAAUAACAAUAAUGGUAUGAAUACAUCUUCCACUUCACCAGUUCACCUUCCUCGUGUAGUAGUAACAAAUUCAGAUGUGUCCAGUGCACCGCCGAAUCCAAAUCUAUAUAGUAGUGUUAAUACAGAAUUUCCAGUUGGCGAAGAUUUAUGUAAACGAAAUCCUAGUAUUUCAGAUGUAAAAAUGCGGCAUAUUGAACGGAGGAAAUCUUCCUAUGCUGACCUACUUGUGACAACGGAUAGUCGUACUACAACAAAUAAUGUUGUGAUUCUUCCAGAACGCUCUCACUCAACACGGUCAUCAUAUCGUACAUCACGUCUUCGACCUGAUGAUAGCUGGAUUAUGAAUUCUAACGAUUGCGGAAAUGAUACCGUUUUUUUAGAUUCUGGUAAUCUCACCAGUACUAUCACUACUGAGGCGAUAGCAACAUCUACCACAGUUAUUACUUCAUCGGCAACUCCGUGUCCAGUUCUCUGUCCUUCAUCAUCAUCUUCUACCUCCUCUUCAUCCUCAUCAUCAUUGUCUUCAUCUCCGUUGUCAUGUUCCAAAAUUAAUACUCUUCAUAACUCUUCCGUAUCACUUCCUCUAUACACCUCUAAAAAAGAGUCUGUUUCAUCCACUGGAGGGAUUUCCAAUCCACUCAACUGUAAUACAACAACAGAAUCUCAGUUUAAGUUAUAUGCUUGCGAAAAUCUACCUUGGUUGCAAACUCGUUCAAAAUCACAAGAUAGAAUAAUUUGUAAAACUGUUUGUGAAAAGCUAGAACCCAACUGUAUUGCAAGACGUCCUCCUGUUUUUAUGAAUAAACCUCCCACGGUGACGCGGAAAACUACAAUACCUACUGUUACGCCUACUAGCGUCAAUAGUGAUGGUAGCAGUGUUUUCUCUGGAAGUCCAUCGAAUCCUGUUUUACUAAUGCUAAAUUCGGUGAACACCUCCAAUUCUAACUAUUAUGAUAACAAGAAAUCAGAUUAUCUUCCAGUCAAUUCCUUUCGACCGCUUCGUCGUGUCAUAAAUUGGCCUCCACGAUCAGUCGAUCCAUUAACAGCAACUGAAUCUUACUGUUCAUAA